GCCACUCUGGGAUCAGUCUUUACGCACGUUCCUUUCGUCUGGUACGCAGGGGAGAAAACUUUAAAAGAAACAUAAAAAAGAGUAGGGGUGAAAUCAGGGGGGGUCGAGGCGUUUGCUUUUUAGUCUGGUGACACCCGAGAGAAAUAAGUGAGACUACAGGAUGUCAGUUAUGAGCGCGGUGCCGUUUGUUAGGCCGCCACACGUGCGAUUGCCGGUGGCUCAGGCCCGCCGCCACACUUUGCCAGCCAGCGAGUUCCGUUCCCUGAGUCCGGAGGACGCAGUGAGUGUGUUCGAGAUCGAGAGAGAAGCCUUCAUCUCAGUGUCCGGCGAGUGUCCGCUCCACCUGGAUGAGGUCCGCCACUUCCUCACGCUGUGUCCAGAGUUGUCUCUUGGCUGGUUCGAAGAGGGUCGGCUGGUGGCUUUUGUCAUCGGAUCGCUGUGGGACCAGGAGAGGCUUACCUUGGAUGCCUUGAGUCUCCAUAAGCCUCACGGAACGAUGGUGCACAUCCACGUCCUGGCGGUCCACCGGACGUUUCGGCAACAGGGAAAAGGCUCCAUUUUGAUGUGGCGCUACCUGCAACACCUCCACUACCUGCCCUACGUGCGCCGGGCUGUUCUCAUGUGCGAAGACUUCCUGGUUCCCUUCUACCAGAAGUCCGGUUUCAAGGUGCUGGGCCCCAGCGAGGUCACUGUGGGGCCGCUUCAGUUCACCGAGAUGUUUUACCCGGUCAGGGGUCGUGCCUUCCUGCGGCGAAACAGUGGAUGUUGACCACAGAGGGACUCGCUGUCGCCCUUUGGUAACUAGAGCUUGUCGUGUUGUUCAUGAGUGACCGGAGCAGUGUUUGUGUGCAUUCCUGUUGGUAAAACUUGCUCGGUAAGCAAUAAGAGCGGAAUCUCCAGAGAGCUGGGAAGAAUAAAAAAAGGAGCUGCCAAUAACUGUGUGGACAAGAAGUCUGAGACUGAAAAGACAUCGUGAUGUGUUUAAGCACAUUUCAAAGAGAAGAGAUAUUAGCACAAAGCUUGUAAGCAGUAUGUUAAUGCAUCAGUUUUAAAUAUACAGAUUAAUACAUUUUCAGAAAUGGACAUUUAUUAAAUUCAAUAGCAUGAAACCAUCUUUAAUUUUAUAUAUUAUUAUAUUAUUUUUAAUUUUUGGAUAUUCACUUGAUAUGUUGGGGUCAACCUGGUCUUCUGUGGGUGAAAAUAUGUGGCUUUAAUUGCCUUUAAAGUGGUCAUGUUAGUGGCUGUAACAGAGCUCUGUGGUGACGGCAUAUUAAACAUGAAAGUGAGUAUGGCAUUUCCCGUAUGAGACAUUCUACUUCUAUUCUGAAUAUUGUGAAACAUCUGUAACAUUUUAAGUAAAAAUGGAUCUAUCAAAUAGCCGUUUCUCUUGAAUUCUCUUACCAUC